AUGCUAACGCCACUGUUCGCUCACAGUGGGCCACACGUGAUGCUGCUGCUCGCCUUGCUGUUCGCCGCCACUUACCGACCACUGAGCGUGCGCACUUUAGCCAGUACAAGAGUGCUCAGACCUUGUACGACCACUCUCACCGUUGACCUCCUCGAGAAGGCCCUCCUAGCGAUAGAAAAGAGCAUAGUCGCUGUAGGAGCCUCUCGUGGUGACCCUCGCACCCCCGUCUUUGAGGGGUGUUCUCCCUCCCCCCUCUUGCCCUCUGUCGCCUCUGCUGCUGCGGCCGACCUCGUUGGUUUCGAGUCGAACGGCGCUGCGUCUGCCCCGAGUGGGAGACGCCGCACCGGCAAGGGCAAGGGGGGCAAGGGCUCUGGAGGGGGUGGAGGGGGCGGUGGAGGUGGUGGUGGAGGCGUUGGAGGGAGUGGGGGUGGUGGUGGGAGUGGUGCCGGGGGUGGUGGUGGCGGCGGCAGCAGUGGAGGCGGCGGAGGCGGUGGAGGUGGCGGAGGGAGCGGAGGCGGCGGAGGUAGUGGAGGAGGCGGAGGUGGAGGAGGCGGCGGAGGCGGCGGAGGUGGCGGUGGCGGCGGCGGCGGUGGUGGUGGUGAGAGUCGCGACUCUGCACCGAGGAGUGGCUCCGGUGGUGGUAAGCGCCAGCAGCAGCAGCGGAGCGGUGUGACCAUAUCCCCUCAGCAGCUUCGUGAGUGGUACACUGCACGCCAGCGAGGUGGGGGUUUUGGUCCCUGCUCCUACGUUCUCCGUACCGGCGACCGCACUGGUGAGCAGUGCGGAGGUCCGCACUCCACCCAGCGCUGCUUUGGUCGCCUGACGGACGCGUUGCGUCACCAGUUCCCUGAGGCUUCAGAGAUCCCUCGCUGGGGAGAUCUGGCUAAGGCUGGGGUUGCUAUCUUUGAUCUUGACUUUGAUGCUAUUCUUGCUGCCAUGUAUGCUGUUGCUGAUAGUGUUGAGGGUGCCUGUUACCUGUGUGUACCGCAUGACCCGGGCAUUGAGGCUGCUGCGCUAGGUGCUGGUGAGACUGCUGCUCUUGGUGCUAGUGCGUCUGCUGCCCCAGGUGCUGGUGAUUCUGCUCUCUCAGGUACUGCUUCGGCUCAGGCCCUCCACACCUUCACCCUGGACUCGGGUGCGUCCUGCUCCUUCUUUCGAGACCGCACCACUCUUACGCCGCUUAGUCGGCCGGUUGCAAUCUCCCUGGCAGACCCCUCUAGGGGUCCUGUCCUUGCUAGCUUCUCCACUGUUCUUCCGUGCCCUGCAGCCCCCUCUGGCACCCUGUCUGGUCUGUACCUCCCCUCGUUCUCUACGAACCUGGUGAGUGGAGCAGACCUACAGGAUCGAGGGGUUGACCAGUUCACUCCUGCGAGUCAGCGAGUGACCCACUGCACGUGUGCUCGGACAGGUCGACACUUGGCCACGUUCAGUCGUCGGCCAGGGUCGAGCCUGUACACCCUUACUACUGCGUCUCCUCCUACUGCUGCGCCUGCCCAGGUAGCUGCGUCGAGUCAGGUGUUUGCUGCGGCGUCCAGGUCUGGUCCUAAGUCUGCCCCCUGCUCAUGUCGUCUGCUGUCCCACCAGACUCUCCUUUGGGACCACCGCCUUGGUCACCCUUCCCUGCCUCGUCUCAGAGGCAUGGCCUCGCGUGUCCUUGUCUCUGGUCUUCCUCGGUCUCUCCCUCCCCUUCCUCCGGGGCCUGGCCCUACCUGCGUCCCCUGCGUCGAGGGGCGACAGCGCGCCGCCCCUCACUCCUCCGAGUUUCCUCCGACAGAGGCUCCAUUGCAGACUCUCCACAUGGACGUGUGGGGCCCAGCCCGCGUCAGUGGGCAGGGACGAGAGCGGUUCUUUCUGCUGGUCGUUGACGACUACUCGCGCUACACCACAGUCUUCCCCUUGCGCAGCAAGGGUGAUGUCACUGAGGUGUUGAUCGACUGGAUCCGCGCAACUUGCGGGGAGUUUUCCUCCGCCCGUCUGGGAGCCUUCUGUCGUGCACAGGGCAUCCGCCAGACCUUCACGCUUCCGGCCUCUCCACAGCAAAAUGGGAUUGCUGAGCGCCGCAUUGGCAUGGUCAUGGACGUCGCUCGUACGUCCAUGAUGCAUGCGGCUGCCCCCCAUUUUCUGUGGCCGUUUGCGGUUCAGUACGCCGCGCAUCAGCUCAACCUUCAGCCCCGGGUCUCCUUGCUAGAGACCUCCCCUGCCUUGCGGUGGACCAGGAAGGUUGGCGAUGCGUCUGCGUUUCGGGUCUGGGGAUCUAGGGCGUUUGUCCGUGACUCGUCUGCGGACAAGUUGUCCCCCCGUGCAGUUCCCUGCGUCUUCCUUGGCUUCCCCCCCGACGCGCCUGGCUGGCGGUUUUACCACCCCACCUUGUGCCGUGUUUUGUCCUCCCAGGACGUCACCUUUGACGAGUCGGUGCCUUACUACCGUAUCUUCCCCUACCGCACUGCGCCCCUCCCCCCGCCGCCGCUCUUCCUUGCGCCAGGUGCUACCCAGGUAGACCCCCUCCCUCCUCAGGGUCCUGCCCCUUCUGGUGUGUCCAAGGUGCCGGGUCUGCGGGUGCCGGGUCUGGGGGUGCUGAGACUGGGGGUGCUGAGACUUGGGGUGCUGAGACUGGGGGUGCUGAGUCUGGGGGUGCUGAGACUGGGGGUGCUGAGCCUGGGGGUGCUGAGCCUGGGGGUGCUGGGUCUGCUCGUACGUGCUGCUGAGUUUGGGGGUGCUGCUGGAGCUACUAGAGUUGGUCCUGCUGGAGCUGGUGUUGGUGCUGGUGCUGCUGGAGGUGGAGCUGCUGAGGGUAUUGGCGCUGGUGUUUCUACUGGUGCUGGUGCGUCUGGGGGUGCUGCUGAGGCAGCUGGUGCUGCCGGUUCUACAGGAGAUGGAGCUACUGGGGGUGUUGGCGCUGGCGUUGCUGCUGGCGCUGGUGCUUCUGAGGGUCCUGGAGUUGCCGCUGUUGGAGCUGGGGGUUCUGCUGGCGCUGGUGCUGCCACUAGGGGUCCUCGUGCCGUCUUUGCUGGUUCUGGAGGCGCUGUGCGGCUGAGGCCCUACUUCGUUCCCCUCCUGGAGCCGGUUCUUGGUCUCCCUCCCUCUACUGGUCCUGCUCCUCCCUUAGAGUGGCCGCAGCCUGUCCAGUCGCAGUCCCAGUUACAGCCCGCCUCCCCGCUACGUGCUCCUUCUCCCUACACUGGUCCUACUGGAGGUCUUGCUGAGCGUCGUGAGCCUGCGUCUCGUCCUGCGUCGCCUGUUCGUGCUGCUCGCACUAGUGGUCGUACUGCGCGUCCGCGUCCUCCUGCGGUCCCCGGCACACACCAGAUGGCACUGCGUCCGUCCACUGCUCCUCUGCGUGUCCCUUUGCCGUCUCCUCCUGAGUCCUCUCUUCCUUUUCUCCCUGACCCGGAGUCCGACUCCCUUCGUGCUGCUAGUCCUUUGGUCACGCGCCUUCUUGCUACUGUUGUCACUGACCCUACCUUUGAGUCCACUGCUGCGUCUGCUCUAGUUGCUGAGCUUGUCGACUUCGCUGCUCGCUGCCGUCUAGGUUACGCUGCCACUCUUGUUGCUGCGUCUGAGUCUGUCUGUCCUUCGUCCGUCGGGGGUGAGUGUGCUCUUAGCACGGACGUCCUUGAGGACAGGCAGGAGAAGUUCCAGUGCUUUGCGGCUCCUUUGCCCCAUCUGGUGUCCACGCUGAUUGCCCCUGAGAGAGACCCGGAUGCACCAGACAUCCCGACUCCUCGAUCAUAUGCUGAGGCGAUCGAGGGUCCCUACUCCUCUCAGUGGCAGUCGGCCAUGGACGCAGAGAUAGCUUCGUGGAAGUCCACGGGCACCUACGUCGACGAGGUUCCCCCACCUGGGGCGAACACCGUCAGUGGGAUGUGGAUCUUCAGGGUGAAGCGGCCGUCUGGCUCUCCGCCUGUCUUCAAGGUGCGUUACGUGGCUGGAGGCUUCAGUCAGCGGCAGGGAGUUGACUACUUUCAGACCUUCUCUCCCACCCCGAAGAUGACCACUCUUUGGGUGCUGCUGCACAUAGCCGCCCAGCGCGACUACGAGCUUCACUCUCUUGACUUCAGCACAGCUUUCCUGCAGGGCAGCCUGCACGAGGAGAUCUGGCUGCGCCACCCUCCUGGCUUCACUAGGUCGUUUCCUCGUGGUACCCAGUGGAGCCUCCGCCGGCCAGUCUACGGUCUCCGUCAGGCGCCCCGUGAGUGGCACGACAGACUGAGGACUACACUUGCGGCUCUUGGGUUUGCUCCUUCUACAGCCGACCCGUCGCUGUUUCUACGCACCGACACCUCCUUGCCGCCGUUCUACAUCCUCGUGUACGUCGACGACUUGGUCUUUGCCACUGCUGACACUACUGGACUCGCCCACGUGAAGUCCGAGCUGCAGAAGAGGCACACGUGCACAGACCUGGGUGAACUGCGCAGCUACCUUGGCUUGCAGAUCACCCGGGACAGAGCACAGCGCACCAUUACCCUGACUCAGUCACACAUGGUGCAGCAGGUCCUUCAGCGCUUCGGCUUCACGUACUCCUCGCCUCAGGCCACUCCUCUGUCUACUCGUCACUCGCUCUCAGCUCUGCCUUUGGAUGAGUCCGUAGAGUCGAGUGGCCCGUACCCAGAGCUUGUUGGCUGCCUCAUGUACCUGAUGACCUGCACACGACCUGACCUUGCAUACCCUCUUAGCAUCUUGGCACGCUAUGUUGCUCCUGGGAGACACAGACAAGAGCACAUGGCUGAAGCGAAGAGGGUGUUUCGCUACGUGUGCAGUACGUCGGGCAUGGGGCUAGUGCUUGGAGGGCGACGUCGAGUAGUCCUCACAGGUCACGCUGACGCUUCUUGGGCUGACGACCAGGCUACGCAGCGGUCGUCACAGGGUUACACCUUCAGCCUUGGCUCCGACUCUGUUUCGUGGCGGUCUACCCGCUCGUCUUUUAUUCUCAGCUCCAGCUGUGAGGCCUAG